GCGCUAACGUAGACCUGUCGCUGAAUGAAUGUGAACGGCUAGCCGGCUGCUAGCUUCGGCAAUGUUGUCACUAUCAGAAUGAUAUCCCAGCGGGACAGAGGACAACUCGCUCGGUUUUAUACAGUGACAGACCCUACAAGACACCAGAAAGGCUACACCGUGUAUAAAGUCACCGCCAGGUUAAUCUCCCGGAAGAACCCAGAGGAUGUCCAAGAGAUAAUAGUAUGGAAGAGAUACAGUGAUUUCCGGAAGCUACAUCAGAACCUCUUACAGCUGUAUAAGAAUGUUUGUAGCCAGUCUGAGCUGUUCCCUCCUUUUGCUAAAGCCAAAGUAUUCGGUCGAUUCGAUGACUCAGUGAUUGAGGAAAGAAGACAAUGCUCUGAGGAUCUCCUGCAGUUUUCUGCAAACAUUCCUGAUCUGUAUAAUAGUCAACACAUUCAAGAUUUCUUCAAGGGAGGUGAGAUCCACGACGGCUCAGAACUGAUUGGACCGGCUGAGCCUUUUUCUGAUUUCCUAGCUGACAGUUUGUCAGACUGUAGCUCUGAUGUACAAAAAGACAUCAGUGGUGCUGAGGAUUUGACUAUCACAUCUGAGUAUGGAGGCCCUUCCAGUGACAGCGACCUGACCUCCCUGGCAGUGGAUACAGACUCUCUAGGUGGGUUGGAUGAUGGCAUGGCCUCAGGUAGCACGUCCCCAAACCAGCCACAGGGGGGAGCCACCAACAUCAGCAGUAGCUGCAGUCCUCGUUUGCCCUCGCUGCGUGAUCGCCGCACCCCGUCACCUGGCCCCGUCCCCGCCUCAUCAGCCCCUAACCCAGAGGUCAGCUGGCCAAGUCGAACGUCGCUCUUCCCCCACAGUCUAAGGAAAACCAGCGGCGUCAACGCCAGGGACGUAAAGUCGGACUACCUCGACAAAGCCAGUGAACUGAUUGGUUUUGCUGUACAAAAGGAAAAGGAGCAGGACUACCAGGCAGCUUUUUCAUACUACCGCAGUGGGGUUGACUUGCUGCUUCAAGGAGUGCAAGGUGAACCAAGCGCCUCGCGACGGGAGGCAGUGAAGAAGAAGACUGCUGAGUAUCUGAUGCGUGCAGAGCAGAUAUCAGCUCUGCAUCUGAGAAGCAGUAUGGGUCAGGGAUCAACGCAGACCGUGGCCUUUGGAGCACAGUGCUGUUCUUCCUCCAGCAGAGGAGGGCAGCAGAGUCUAUCUGAUGAGCUGACAGCGUACAGGGUGAUAGGAGUCAUUAAUAAGGUUCUUCUGGUCAUGGACAAGAGAACACAGGAGACGUUCAUCCUCAAAGGGCUGAGAAAAAGCAGCGACUGUGGGCAGGCUAAGAAGAAUAUCAUGCCUCUGUCUGUGCAGCACAUGGUGCAGCUGAGAAAGUUCAUCAUGUCUGAAGACACUGUUUUUCUGCUGCUGCACUACGCUGAGGGUGGGAAGCUGUGGUCUUACAUAGGAAAGUACCUUUGUAAUUCCAGCCCAGAGGAGAGCUUUGACAUUCCUUUCAUCCAGAAGAGUCACACAACGGCUGUGCACUCUCCCCACCAUAUAAUACAGCAGCUGGACGAAGGUUCUGCCAGCUGUGAUUCAGAACCCAAUGCUGGUUCAGAUCCUGCUGUCGGCCUUCAGAAAGAAGGAGCGAUCCCAUUUGUGUCCCCUGUUAAAAGUGCCGUCCCCGCAGGGCUCCACGAACAAACCAGAGCUCAGUCGGACUCCGGGGCUACGUCCGAAGAGGAGUGCACAAACAGCUAUUUGACUCUUUGCAACGAGUACGAGCAAGAAAAGGUAGAGCCCGAUGCACUGGAGGAGGGGGUCGAUGAGAAGAGCGAAGAGGAAAUGCUCUCUCUGGAGGUGCCUAAUGCAACUGCGACAGCGUCUUCGUAUAGUCGUUCGCUUCUCAGCAAUGACAGCCUUUCUUCGCCGGGAGGCUCUCAGGAACUCGGCUUCUUCAGCGAGUUCUCUGACAAGAGUGGCCAGACCCUCGAAACUGACCAGAACCGCAGCGAGGGGCAUGAUCACAGUGAGGUUUUCAGUCCUUUACGGUCGCCCGCGGAGCCUCUCUCCUUGGACCAGUCCAAGCACACGCCGAUGGAGUUCUUCCGCAUCGACAGCAAAGACAGCGCUAGCGAGGUCACCGGCUCCGACUUGGGAGAGCACUGGCAUUCUCAGAAGCAGCCCCCUCAGUUUUCCACGUCCGACCUAGGGUCCGAGGUCACCGAGGAUCUCCCAGAGCUGGCUCAGGAGGUGAAGGGACCAAGCCUGGAGUUUUGGGGCUUGGACUGUAGCGAUAAGGGGUCCAAUGAGUCGGUGCCAGUCAUCUCGUUCAAAGAGGCAGUAGUGGAAGAUGAGGGUCACCCACCGGACCUGUUGGUCAAUCUUCCGGUAAUAAGUGGGACUGUGGACUUUACACAGAAGGAGCUAGAGCCUUCAGGGGUGUGUUUGGGCCUUGAGGUCGCAGCCUCGCCUCAAAAGUGUGUCCAGCCUGAUGUUUUACAGCUUCAUAGCCAGCAUGAGGACCUGGAGGAGCAGCCACUAGAACAAGAGCUUUCAUCUUUCUCUACAGCCUCUGCAACUUGCGACACUAGUCUCGCGUGUACUUCUCUAUGGGACGACAGCUUCGCAUUUGGACUCGAGGCCUCCGACAAAGUCUUCGAUCAAGACGACAGCCAAAGCAGUGAUCACCACCUUGAGACGGGCCUUUUGAGUGAGAAAUCUCAACCCUCUACGACAGGAGACACAGACUCUGCUCCGGUCCCCAGCGACGGCAGCAUGGCCUCCGUCCCAGCCACGAACGCCGCUCAGGCUUGUGCGGUCGCUGAGGGUUUAUUGGAUCUUGAUGGUGAAUCAUCAGGAGUCAAUAAAGCCACAGGUAGCAGCGACUUUGAUAAAGAAGUGUCACGGCUGUUUGCAGAGUUGGAUGAGCUGUCGCUGGCUGCCACCCAAGCUCAUAUCCCAGAGGACUUUGUGCGCUGCUGGGCUGUAGAGAUCGUGACGGCCUUGGACGGUCUGCAUCAAGAGGGCAUCAUCUGCCGGGACUUGAAUCCCAACAACAUCCUGCUCGACCAUCAAGGGCAUGUGCAGCUCACCUACUUUUGUAGUUUGUGUGAUGUGGAGGAGUCGUGUGACAAGGAGGCCAUGGCCAGUAUGUACUGUGCACCAGAGGUGGGAGGGAUCAGCGAGGAGACGCCGUCCUGUGAUUGGUGGAGUUUGGGCGCCAUCCUCUUUGAGCUCCUGACAGGCAUGUCUCUGCUGAGCUGCCAUCCAGCGGGAAUCGGCCGUCACACGGCCCUCAACAUCCCAGAGUGCAUUUCAGAGGAAGCCAGGUCCCUGCUGGAGCAGUUGCUCCAGUACAACCCAAUGGAGCGACUGGGAGCCGGCGUCGGAGGAGUUGAUGACAUUAAGUCCCACCCGUUCUUUGCCUCAGUGGACUGGCCCAAAUAGCUGGCGAGCGUUGAGGAGCCGUGCACACCGACUGUCCCAACGAGCCACACCUUCAAAUACCCACAUGAGGACAAUAGGAUUUUUCUGCACACCCGCGUUAAAACGUCUGCUUUUUGUGAUGUAUACAAAUCAGACCAUGAUAAAUUAUCUCAAAACUUUUUCCACCUUUAAUUUUAAACGCUGACAGUUCAACUAAAAACAACUAGAUCUGCUAGAGGGAAAUAUGUAAAAGCUAAAAAAGCUGCAAUAACCUGGCUGGAUAAGUGCACCGCACCUUUAAACUAGUACUUUGUUAAAGCACCGUUUGAUUCAGUCUGAGCAGCCAGUAUUAUUUGGCAUGAGACUAUUAGCAUGCUACGUCUGGACAUGGUCAUAUUUGCCUCAUCUGCCUUCCAGAAAUUCUCCAAAUCUGUCGAUCGUGUCACCAGAUAUCUUACCCUAGUCUCCAGAUAUUUUGUUAGAUUUGCUUCUGAGCUUUGGCAUUUUAAUUCCAAUUCAUUUUGUUCUGUUUAUCCCAAUAGUUUGUUGAUUUUGAGAACAUGAAGCUAAAAAAAUAAAACCUUGAUUCGGCUUUCCAGUAGACAUACUCCAUCUAUUUAAACUGCAAGCCCAGAGCAUGACGUUACCACCACCAUGUUUCUGUUUGGUUGUGAUCUUACGCCAAUGCUCAAUGUUGUUUCUUGUACCAAACUAAUCUUUUGGUUAUAUUUAAGUUACAUUUAACACUUCCUCCUACAACGUUUUAGAGGAUUUUAGCCAGGCAUUGUUUUUGUACUAAUCCCCUGUCUGAUACCUACAUAACAUAAAAGAAGAAAUGGCAAGACAAUCCUGCUACUUUAUUUCAGAUUCCCUUGAACUGAUGGCAGAUUUCUACCAAAAUGUGCUUCAAUAAUAAUAUUUAGAGGCGUGCACAUUAGGUUAUUGUAGUCUUUUCAUAUUUUCCUCUAACAGAUUUAUUUUGAGGUGAAUUCAAUUGGUUUUAUAUCACAUUGAAGGUGGGAAAACUUCUGUGAGUCUCCAUUUUUUUUCUUUGGCAUCACUAAAAACUGCCGUUUUAUCAGUGGUGUGUAGACUUUUUAUAUCAGUCAGAUUAUACAUUUCCCCACAAAAGUUUAAUCAUGUUUGGAGUUUCAGAUCAAGUGUGAAGUUUUCCUUCUUAAUCUCAUUGACUGUGAGUCGUCUUGUGACGGGAACGCUGCAGUGGUAGCCGGUUAUAAUUCACUACAAAGCUGUUUCACUUCCAGUCCUCGCUCAGUUGCCUUGAGUCCGUCUUCACUACACUAACCCCGUCAGGAGGACCUCGUUAUUGACAUAGGCUGGGGGGUCAUCUUUCCAGUGUGUGUUACUCAGAGACUUUUUUCCCCAUUCCUCAUGGAGCCCACAGACUGACUGACUGACUGACUGAUGUGAAACUGUGGCUUUGAUUUAAAAACUGAAAUCUAAAAACCAGCCUAUGAACAGAAGCACCAAUGGACACUAUGCAAAGGCAGGCACAUGAGGAAAACACUCAGAAAGGAGAUGUUUGUUGUUGAAUUUAGUCCUAGUUGAAUUAUUUAAUAGUGCAGAACAAAAAGGCUCAGGAGUAGACAUCUCUGCAGAAACCUGAGAAGGCCUCAAACGCGUAUUUGUUAACGGCCCUUUUACAUUUUGGAGAUAUUUUUAUGACCGUCAGGAAACUCUCUGCCCUCUACUGUUCCACCCUGCAUUUUCUUCAUGUUGGAUUAGGAUUAUUGUAAUAUAGUUGAUACAAUGAAAAAGUCUGUGGAAUAACAAAUGGCGUUUGUCCUGUAAAAAAAAAAAAAAAGAUCUUUUUAAGGAUGUUGUGUUUAAGUAAAAUGUAAACCUGUAGAAUUCUUGAUUCUAGCCAAUUUUGUCAAUCACUUGCCAUUCAAGAUCUUAAUGCGAGACACUGGAGUAACACGUUUGCCUAAUUUGUACCGCAGGCUUGAAGCAUAUUUUUAUCAUUUCUGCUGUGACUGGUUUACAUUUUUAUAGUUGCAGACAUCAUCUUGGAUGACUUCAUUAUAAUUAGGAGCUGAUUCCCAGACUUGUGACAUCAUAAACAUGCCGCCACUGUAAAUGCUACCCUUUCCUUCACCACACAUGGUGAAAUGCAUUAUAUAUUGCCAGGUUUAGUAUUAUUUUGUUUUUUAUUCGAAACAUCAUUGUCGCAGCAGUUUUUUUUUUUUUUUUUUUUUUUAAUUGUGCUGAAUUGUCCGUACUCUGUGUUGUGUAAGUGCACUUUGGAGAAGAAUAAACCAUACCUGGAUGACUAACAUGA